CCUCAGGGACAGAAGGCAUAGUCUGGGGUUGAGACUUCGGCGUUCUAGGAGGAUCCAACAGUGAUUUCUCCUCUUCCUCCUCUUCCUCAGAUAUAUGGUCCGCCGCUACGUCCAAGGGUGGUUCAGCCUCCUCUGCGUCUGAGGUCGCCACAACCUCCUGCUCGUCCCCAUUAGUAUUACGCGGUUCAACGACGAGCUCCUCCCUUUCAGCCGCUACCUCUUGGUCCUCUGCAUGCGGCUUUACCACCUCCUCUUCCUCUUCGUCCUCCGAGAUAACGAUUGCUUGACGGGUGUUCGCCUUCUUCUGGGUCGUCCUUGCGAUCGUGGUAGCCUUGCGCCCACGGGUCGGCUUUACUUCCUCGAUCUCAUCAUCGGAAAUGACUAUGGUCUCGGGCACCGACGUCCUCUUCCUCGGGGCGGGGGGUUUGCGAUCUUCGACCUCUUCCUCGUUAAGCUCAUCCACAGGUUCCUCCUCCUCAUCCGUGUCCUCUCUUUUGACAGUGCGAGACCUCGUAGAUGCCUUUGUCGAGCGAGCGGUCCCGCGACUGGCGCGUUUCGGAGGGGCAGACUUCCGACCAUUCGAGUUCGGUUCCGCCGUACUGCCAUUAGCAGCUACUGAUGGCUUCCUGGAGGAGCCUCUCUUAGCCCUCGGCCUCACCUCCACGACUUCAUCUGACUCUUCCUCAUCGGGUUCGAUGGACGGGCGCGACUUCUUGUUGGGGGGAGCUACUUCCUCGACAACAUCCUCGUCAGAUUCUGGCACCUCUUGGAGGGAAGAUCGCAAGCGCGUGUUUGUGCGACCCUUAGAUGUCGACGCCACACUGGGCGCGGCCGAGGUAGAUCUACGCGUCCUGGAGGGCGGCUUGAUGUUCUCCUGUUCUGGCUCGGGAGCUUCACCACGUUUACGUUUGGAUGCCGGUGCCUUGACUUCGGCGACAGGUUCUACGGACGCUCUUGUCGAGCGACUCGACCGUCGAGGGGGCAUCUUGCUAGAGGCUACAGUGG